AUGGCUUCAAGAGCACUAGCCUCCACUGCCCUUCUCCUCUCCCUCUGCAUCCUAUUUUUUGCUUUGGUGAGCUCCGCUGAGUAUUGCCCACCACCACCAUCACCAAAGGCCAAGUCACCGCCUCCACCACCACCAAAGGCCAAGUCACCACCACCACCACUACCAAAGGCCAAGUCACCACCUCCACCACCAAAGGUCGAGUCACCACCGCCGCCACCACCAAAGGCCAAGUCACCACCGCCACCACCCAAGAUCAAGUCACAACCGCCACCACCCAAGGUCAAGUCACCACCUCCACCACCAUUACCAAAGGGCACUUGCCCUAGAGACACCUUAAAGCUGCAAGCAUGUGCAAAUGUCCUGAAUCUGUUGAAAAUUUUUGUUGGUGAAAAAGAAAAGGCAAAAUGCUGCAGCCUCAUUGAUGGUCUUGCUGAUCUUGAAGCUGCCGUUUGCCUUUGCACACGAAUCAAAGUUGAUAUCUUGGGCCUUAUUAAGUUGGACGUUCCUGUCGCUGUGCAGUUGUUGCUCAACGAAUGCGAUAGGAAGGUUGCAGAAAAUUUCAAGUGUCCACCCUCCUAA